AUGAACACAUUAAGAAGUGAAGUGGUGGAGGCAGCUUUCAUACACAGCUUCAAGUGUAUAUCCGACAGCUUAGGACUAGAUGCACUUAGAAACCUGCUCACCUGUCGAUUGAAGGACACAGCCACCAUCAGCAUCACACGGGUGCGGGUGCCGGCCACCGUGGAGGCUGGGGGCCUGGGAGACCUCGACUGCUCAUGGGAGGAGGAGAACGACAAGAUGUACUCCAUCAAGUGGUACCAGGGAGCCCACGAGUUCUAUCGCUACACACCCACCUCCAAGGACCCCGUCCAGAUCUUCGACCCACCCACCCUCGACGUUGAUCGUGAGAAGUCUUGGGGCGGGAGCGUCCGUGUCACCAACGUGAGCCUGGCGGCCGAGGGCCCCUUCCACUGUGAGGUGUCGGCGGACGGCCCCACCUUCCACACCGCCUCCGACUCUGCCAACAUGAGGGUCGUGGACCUGCCUGACGGGAGACCGGUGAUCAAGGGCGUGAAGAGCCAGUACCUGCCGGUGGACUGGGUCGACCUCACCUGCGUCUCGCGGAGAUCCAAGCCUCCGCCUCACCUGUCCUUCUCAAUCAACACCCAGCCGGUGUCGGCGGGCUGGCUGGAACCGCAGGUGAACCAGCAGGACCACGACGGACUCACGACCGCCUCCCUGCGGCUGCGGUUCUCCCUUCAGCCGCGGCUCCUGCGGGAGGGAGACGCCAGGGUGCGGUGUGUCUCCAAGAUCCCCGGCAUCUACCAGCAGGAGGUCGAGGGGGUGCUGACCACCCGCACCCCCUACCACGCCUCCGUGCUGGGGGGCGGCGCUCCCCCAGAACUUGAGGAGGAGGAGCUAGAAGGAAUGGAGAUGGAAAAGGAGGAAUAG